AUGCAGGCCCUGAUUGUGUGUGCUCUGAUCGUGGCCGCGCGUGCCUCCUACGUGGCACCUGCCGUCGGAGCUCGAUUCAGCUACGGCUUCACUGCGGCGGCGCCCGCCUACGCCAGAUACGGCUCGUACGGUGUCGCUCCCCUGGCUGCUGGCUACGCCGCCCCCGUGGCUGCUGGCUACGCCGCCCCCGUGGCUGCUGCCUACGCCGCCCCUGUGGCUGCUACCUACGCCGCCCCCGUGGCUGCUACCUACGCCGCCCCUGUGGCUGCUACCUACGCUGCGCCUGCCGCUGCCGCUUACGCCGUGCCUGUGGCCACCGCCUAUGCGGCACCUGUAGCCACGGCUUAUGCCGCGCCUGUGGCUAGCAGCGCGCAGCACCACUCGCAGGACGAGCUGGGUCAGUACAACUACGGCUACGCCGACAUCAACUCGGCCAAGAACGAGGUGAAGACGGCCGACGGCGUGGUGCGCGGCUCCUACAGCUACGUGGACGCCUACGGCCUGCCGCAGAAGGUCGACUACGUCUCUGACGCGCUGGGCUUCCGCGUGGCGGGCACCAACCUGCCGGUGGGCCCGGCCGGCCCGGGUCACGUGGCCGACACGCCCGAGGUGGCCGCCGCCAAGUCGGCCCACUUCGCCGCGCACGCUGAGGCUCUGGCUCGCGCCGCCGUCCACUGA